AUGAAGCUAGAAAACAAUUUUACCGGAGAGGAAAGUCAGAACACAGCUGGAGAAUUGUAUUGCUCAGGAGAACUUAGGGAGGAAAGACUCAGCGAUCUUAUAUUUGUUUCAGUGCUAAAUAUUCUUCUGUCCAUUACUGCAUUUCUGGGAAACAUUCUGAUCCUAGUUGCUCUUCACAAGGGGACUUCACUCAAUAAGCCGUCCAAACUCCUGUUUCGUAACCUAGCGGUAACUGAUCUAUGUGUUGGUGUCAUUGCGCAGCCUCUAUUUGUUGCUUAUUUGAUAUCCGUCGUAACAGAGAGAUGGGAUAUUUGCUAUUACUCAGAUUUGGCAAAUAUGAUCUCUAGCAUCAUUUUGUGUUCAGUGUCUUUAUUAACAUUAACUGCAAUAAGCGUGGACAGACUCCUCGCCCUGUUGUUGGGCUUAAGAUA